AGAAAUCUCGUCCGACUAUCUGUAGAAUAAAAAAAUUAUUCGUGCAUUAAUUAAUAAUAUUAUACCGUUACGGCAACGAUAAUUUAUUCGCGCGUGUUUAUAAAAUAUCGAAAAACUAUAUUAAAUUCCCAACAGAGGAACAAUAACAAAAAAAACUUAAAAAAUAAAACCAUAAAAAAGUUACACGGCUGCUGCAACAAGAAAAUAUGGCGAAUUGCUGCAUAUUUGCAUGCGCUUAAUAUAUUUGUCAAUCAUAGCAUUUUAAGUGAUACGUAUAUGAGGAAAAGGACAUCGUUAAAAAACAGACAAAACAACUAAAGUUGCGAUAUUGUAUUAGAAAAACAAUCAACAACAAAAAAGGAAAAAAAGAAAAACACCGUUGACACGGAGAGCCAAGAAACCCUUCACGCCGAAGAGAAAGAAGGGAGGCGUAGGCGUGCAUGCUGCUGCCUCUGGAGGAGAGUGCGAGAGUGAGUGCAUGAGGUGUGUUUGUGUGUGUGGCUCAAUAGUGUUGUGUAGUGCAGUGAAGCGACCGAGAACGGUUCGUGCAGAGAGGAGAAAAGAAAAGCCAGAAACAAAUAACACAACACACACAACUAAAUUCUGGCAGUGCUGCCAUUUAUAAUCUACCUCCAUAAACAACAACAAUAAUAAUAAUACACACAUAAGCAAAUCGUAUAUAAGAGCAAUAACUACAACAAAAAACAAAAACAACUCGCCAAGUGAAAAGUGUGGGAAAACGCCAUCAAUCGUCGAUAAACAGACAGCGGACUUGCGCGCACUAAGAGGAAGAAAUAUAAAAACGAAUAAAGACGUCGCAAAAAAAAAUCAGAACUGCAAUAACAAACAAAGAGGACAGCCGCCACUGAAGUGUGCGUGCGUGAGUACGUGAUAGUGCGUGUCUGUCUGGGUCUGGUAUCGUCGUCGUAAGCUGCCGUACUCAUCGGUAGCUGCGCAAGCCUCACCAUUCUGGGUGCGGUGACGUUUGUGCCAACGGCAACGAGAUCGAGCUAUAGCUCGACAUUGUUGCUGCAUCAACAACAACAAGGAGAACAGAGGAGACAUCACAAACAAUAACGACUACAACGACUACAUCAUCUCUACAUACAUCGUAUAUCAUCAAUAUCAUUUGAUGCAUUAAUCUUCACCAACACUACAAACAGUAACAAUAUUAGCAACAGUGACAACGAUAUAUAAAAAACGCCAAAAGCGUUUGAUAACCAACCAUUGCCUUGCCCGCCAAUAUGGCGUGCCUUAACACCUUAAAGCUAGAAAUCAAAACUCUGGAGAAAAUCUUUCCGAAAAAUCAUGAUCGCUUUCAGAUACUCAAUUCCAGCGUGGAUGAGCUACUCUGCAGAUUUAUCGAUAAGAAUGGCAAACGUUAUGAUAUUCAUGCAAACAUAACGGAAACUUAUCCAUCAUCUCCGCCAGUUUGGUUUGCUGAAAGCGAGGAGACGAGCGUUACAAAUGCCGUGCAAAUACUUAGUAAUACAAAUGGGCGCGAUAAUCACGUGAUUAAUCAGGUUGGCAUAUUGCUACGCGAACUAUGCCGUUUGCACAAUGUACCACUGCCACCCGAUCUAGAUAAUUUGACCCUGCCGCUGCAUACGCCGCCACCCUCUGCGUCGCCACUGCGUUGCGAACGGACUGGGGGACCGCAUGGCAACGAGGAAACCGAUUCGGAUCAAGAAGAAAUCGAAGAUCCGAUUGGAGAGAGCGAACAGGAGAGCGAAGGCGAUGAGGAUUUGCCAUUGGAAAUGGACGAUGUUCGGAGUACAAAUAAAAAAGAUGAUAUGGAAGUGGAACAUUUAGCGACUUUAGAAAGACUGCGUCAAAGUCAAAGACAAGACUAUUUAAAAGGUUCCGUUUCUGGUUCCGUACAGGCAACCGACCGCCUGAUGAAAGAACUACGUGAUAUUUAUCGUUCAGACGCAUUCAAAAAGAAUAUGUAUUCGAUUGAACUCGUCAAUGACUCUAUCUAUGAAUGGAACAUACGCCUCAAGUCUGUGGAUCCCGACAGUCCACUUCAUAGUGAUUUGUUAAUGCUCAAAGAGAAGGAGGGCAAGGAUAGUAUAUUAUUGAACAUAUUGUUCAAAGAGACUUAUCCGUUUGAGCCACCAUUUGUGCGUGUCGUGCAUCCAAUCAUCUCAGGUGGCUACGUGCUCAUUGGUGGCGCCAUUUGCAUGGAGCUGUUGACCAAGCAGGGCUGGAGUUCCGCCUAUACCGUUGAGGCCGUGAUUAUGCAAAUUGCUGCGACACUAGUCAAAGGCAAAGCGCGCAUACAGUUUGGUGCUACCAAGGUGGGUGCUGCAUUGGCACAGAGUCAGUAUAGCUUAGCAAGGGCCCAGCAGAGCUUCAAAUCUUUGGUGCAAAUUCACGAGAAGAAUGGCUGGUUUACACCGCCCAAGGAAGACGGUUAAGUUCAGGGUUGGCCAUGGAUGACAGCAGUAGUAGAAACAACAACAGCAACAGCACUACUAAUCCACACACACUAUAUAUACAUACACACACACACACACCCAUGGAGAAGAGGAUCGACGGUGGCAUUAUUGAGGCGAUUAUAACUCGAUCUUAUAUCAAAUGCAAUUUUCCAAUGGGCUCUCGCAACUUUUCAACAUCAGCAGGAAAAAUGUCAACAGGACGCAACGGCAGAUCGUUAAUGUUCCUCGACACAUGC